CGCACUCAGGUGACAGACGCGAUUCGUACCGUCCAACAACAGCCAAAAACUUCAGUUGUGAGUGAAAAUGCUGGCGUAACUAUCCGAAGAGAGUUUAUUUAGAAGAAAGAACCACCAAAGCUUUCCAAAGAGCCCUUCUCCAAAUGCCGUCCAGUGCGCGGAUGAGAGAAGAGGAGGGAAUGGGAUUAAUUUACAAAUUGGAGUCUAGUUCUUCUGUCGAGGUUGAGUGAAUUGAUAUACUCAAAACUAAAUAUUAAUUUUAACAACAGAGGGAAGGCAGAAGACAGCUCGGGGCAGAAUAAGAAGAGCUCGGAGGGACUCACUGGAUGCUGUAUGAGUUGUCGCCCGAGCGGUGGCUUGAUGAGGGGCGAUGGAGAUGCUGAUGGACUGGAGACCUCCAACAUUUCUGCUUCUCACCUUGCUGUGGGUGCUUCCAGGUGAUUCUCAGCGGGUCGAGAUGCCACGGAAAGACAUGGAGGUAGUCAUGGGACAAAUGGUUGUUCUGGAGGCCUGGUACACCCCCACUACCUCCAUCGAGAAGAACGCUGUCAUCUGGACCUUCAUGGCAAAUCACUCCAAACAAGUCAUCUCCUACUUCUCAGGACAGAUUGGCAUCGGUAGCACUGACUUUCGGAGGCGAGUGGGUUUUGCUAUGUCAAUGCCCUCUGCCAAUCUGUCCAUCUAUAUCAACAACACGCAGGAGUCUGACUCCGGGCGCUAUCACUGCCACGUGAUCAUUCCUGGAGCUCCAGGCCUGUCUGGGGAAGUACACCUCAAUGUUAAAGUUCCUCCAUCCACGCCUGUAUGCACUAUGACAGGAAACCCUGUACUGAGUGGCAAUGUAACAUUGAGCUGUAAAUCCAGCUAUGGCAAACCUGUUCCUCAGUACAAAUGGACCAAAGCAGCUCCACUUUCUGAGGUCUUCUUCUCUCCCAUGCAAAAGUGGAGGUCCUGCCCCCAGCCUGUGCUUGUGCUGGGAUACCUUGAUGAGAGGCAAGGCACCCUUCGACUUAGCAACCUCACCAAAAGCAUGUCUGGCAAGUAUGUUUGCCGUGCCAGCAACAUGGCUGGGACUGACAGCUGCCACAUCAAUCUAGAGGUCUCCACCCCUAACAAUGCCUGGGUGAUCGCCGGGGCUACGGUGGGCUCUGUGGUGGGUCUGAUGGCUCUGGUCUUAUUCCUGAUCUUUAUUCUGAGGAGAAACCAUGACACAGAGGAGGAGAUUGCCAAUGAGAUCAAGGAAGAUGCACAGGCCCCGAAACGCGUCUCCUGGGCUAAAAGCGGCACAGGAUCGGACAUCAUAUCAAAGAAUGGCACAUUGUCCUCCAUAGCCACCAGCCCUCCUGCACAGGACCCUCAGCAUCCACUCCAAAACAGCCAUUACCCAUUCCCUCCGGGUGCCUCGGACACCGCCUCCAUCCUCACCACCUCCGGUAGCACAACCACAUACCGCCUCCGCCCAGGGGAGCCCAACCCACUGCAUGGCUUGCCCGGAUACAACGGCAGCAGCACACUAAAUCACACACACCGCCACCAUCACCACCAUCACACUCCCGCAGUCCUCAAUCCCAACAGCUGCUCUACACACAGGACUGAGGGGCCGCAGCCGCAGACCCCACGCCCGCUCAACAUGCCUAUAAACACUGCCACCCUGGCCCGCAGGGGGGCCGUGCCCAUUAUGGUGCCCAACCAGAACCACGCCGGGUCACUGGUAUAACGACCCUCAAGACAAAUAAUGUGCUAACGACUAGCCAAACGUACGUGGGGAAGGGUUUCGACAAAUAUGGCGAUAAAUGACAAAUUUGGCAAACGUUUUAUACAGAUUAAAGUACAGUAAAAAAUUGUUACAUGUCAAAAAUCACCUUUGAUUUGUUUUCUAAAGUAUUACAUGUUUUUUAAUGAGCUUAAUCUGCGUUUUGAUGCCUAAACACUCUAAGUUCUUUUUGUCAUCUUUUCACUGACCGAGAACAGUAUUUUGUCAGUGAGAUAUACAUUAUGAUGGGAUGCAGAUGUCCACUUUUUGUAACAGUUGUGUUUAUGGAUUCAGAUUUGUCCAGUUAUUUAGACAUUCAGUUAAAUUUAUGACAAUAAUCUUGAGUGUUCUUGUGCCUCUUGUGCCUCCGUUUCUCUCAGGAGUUUUCGCUUUUUCUGUCAAGCGGUUGACAGAUUUCUGAAGCAGAGCAGGUUUUAUUUCAAAUGUAAUAUUUUCUGACCAUUCAGACGAGUUAAGAAAUUUAGAGAGAAAGGGGAAGACUGUAAAGUAGAAAAUAAAAUGAGAGCCUGUGAAAAUGCUGUCUUAUGAUGUAGAGCAUAAAACAAACAAAUGCCAGUGUCUGCCAUGCUCGUUUACUGGAGCAGGAAGGACUCUUAAUUUGUAAAACAUGUGAUCAUGUAAGUUACAUGGAAGUGUCCAUUUAUUCAUUUGCGUGUUCAUGAAAAUUUACGAUAAACUA